AUGCCCGACUUUGGCAAGAAGCGCAAGUUCGAGAAUGAGCAAGACCGCGGUCUCAAAAAGCCAUACCGAGACAACCCAAAUUCCCUGAGGCACACCCUUGAAACAUCAAGCACUAAUGGACUUCCAUCCCUCCCACAAAUCGAUGAGAAGUACCGAUCUGUUGUCUUUACACACCCCAGCCAAGUGCCCGGCAACGUCCAUGCUAGCUACGACAGACUGGAGUUUUUGGGAGAUGCCUACCUUGAGCUCUUUGCCACCCAAUUAAUCUUCGAUCGAUUUCCGAACCUGGAUCCAGGAAAGAUGUCUCAGAUCCGAGAGUCUCUCGUCAGAAACGAAACCAUUGGCCAAUAUUCUAGUCUCUACGGCCUCGACAAGCAGAUACAAGGCUACAAGCAAUUCCAGAACCAGGCGCCUCAUGCAUGGCUCAAGAUCAAGGGAGACGUUUUCGAAGCUUACGUCGCUGCGGUAAUCCUGACUGACGCGGAUGAGGGCAAGCUAGCUAAGAAAUGGCUUCACCAGCUAUGGGACCCCAAAUUGCAGGCUGCACUCACCGCAAAUGAUGGCCCGUCCAAAAAGAGCAAGGAGGAGCUUGCUAAAAGGAUUCUGGCAAAGGGUGUGAAGAUCAAUUAUGUGGAUGAAAAGGAGCCCAUUGUUCACUACGGCCAAGGAAAGGAGACCUACUUUAUUGGAGUAUACCUGACUGGCUGGGGCUGGGACAACCAAUAUCUUGGCAGUGGAAAGGGUUCCAGCAGAGUUGAGGCCGGACAAGCAGCUGCAGCAGCCGCACUGAACAAUCGUCCGCUCAUCGACGAGAUCGCGGCCAAAAAGGCAGAGUCUUAUGCUCAGCGAGACAAAGAAGCUGUCAAGAAGGAUGAGAUCGGAAAAGUGUAA